AUGAAUAAAGAUUACGGGGAGCCAAUUCGAUAUGAUCCGGACUUUAGUGGUCCUACACGUAACCGGUCCUGCACCGACAUCCUAUGGCUGAUUUUUUUCAUUCUGUACCUGGGAGUAUGGGGUUAUAUUGGCUAUUACAGCAUAACAAGAGGCAAUGUAGAGACACUACUGGCUCCAAUCGAUUCGAAAGGACGCCGCUGCGGGUUGGAUUCUGGCCUCGAGGAUAAAAAAUACUUGGUGUUUUUCGACCUCACGCGAUGUUUGUCUCCAGGGACUCCUAUUACUGGGUGCCCAACUCAGCAAGUCUGCGUCAACAGGUGCCCGGACCAAACAAUCAUGUUUCAAACAAAAAUAAGUGACGCGUCAAGCUUUGAGCAAGUAAGAUCCAGCAUGGUCUGUACCGAUGAUGUAAAUGUGCAGACCAUGACGUAUACUCAAGCUUUACAAAACAUUAAAGAUGAAAAAUGCGCCAGUUAUGUAAUAAGAAGUGAACCAGUGUUGUUCCGCUGCAUCGGCGACCUGUCCACAAUGCAAUGCAAGGACAUAAAGCCGGUGUCGAAGUGGACUAACGGCGUAAAAGCAGAGCAGACCUGCGUUCGGAACCCAAAAGAGGCACAGCGGUCUUUGCUCAACAGCGCAACGGCUCUGGACUCGUACGUGGGUUGGAUAGCCGCUAGCUGGGUGACUUUCUUCACGAACAACGAGCGGGAGACACACGUUGUAGUGAUUGGACGGUGCUUCCCUUUCAUCUCCGAGGCCAUGGCAGUGUUCCCCGAGAUCAACGAUAACUUGGUAGAUAUGGAGCAAAAUGAGGUGCUAGAACAACUUGCCAAUUUGAUAACAUUCGAUCAGCUAUCAUCACAAAUAGUGCAAGACUUGGUGCAGUCGCGAUGGUAUAUGGCGGGGGCAGUGGUGGCCGUGGUCAUAAUCUGCUUCAUAUACAUCCUGCUGCUGCGCUGGCUGGUCGCGCCUGUCGUAUGGAUUUCCAUCGCUGUACUACAGGUCCUGUUAGGAUUUUCCAUUUAUUUAUGCUACAAGAAUUAUAUAUAUUAUCGCAACAAUCCAGUGACUCUCAUCCAGACAUCAAAUUUGAAGGGCUACGCGCAAUCCAUAUUCACCAAACAGGAAACCUGGAUGACCUUGCUCGUUGUGUUGGCUGUUGUAUUAGUCAUACUUCUCGUUAUAGUAAUAUUCCUGAGAAAACGAAUUACAAUAGCUAUAGCGCUGAUAAGAGAAGGGAGCAAGGCAGUUACUGCUAUUAAAUCAACGAUACUCUUUCCAAUAUUGCCAUGGAUAUUCCAGUGCGCGGUGAUUGCAUACGGAAUUUUGGUGCUUAUGUACUUACUGUCUGUAGGGGAUCCGGCAUAUAGAGUUGUCAACCUAAAAAAUGACGCCAGUUGUGACUGUGGCGGCGUUUACACAGAGGAUUACGUCAGUUGCGAACCGUUAACUUUCACACAAAUGUGUCGUGAUACGAGCCAGGGUGUAAGCUACCAACAGCCCUGCCGGCUUGCUUCCUGCCAUUUUACUGGAAUCGAAAAUCCGAAUAGUGUCACCUAUAUGCAUCUUGGUAACCUCUUGGGUUUCUUCUGGACGAUGUUCUUCAUUAGUGGAGUAGCAGACAUGAUGCUGGCGAGUACUUUUUCGACGUGGUACUGGACCGCUCACAAGAGAGACGUGCCUUUCUUUACUCUCACCUCUGGCAUCUACAGGACAUUGCGCUACCACCUAGGAACUGUAGCUUUGGGAGCAUUAAUCAUCGCUAUCGUCAGAGUUAUUCGAGUCAUUCUGGAGUAUCUUGACCAUAAACUAAAAAAGUUUGACAAUUCAUUCACGCGCUGCAUUAUGUGCUGCUGUAAAUGUUUCUUCUGGUGCCUGGAAAACUUCCUCAAAUUCAUUAACAAGAACGCUUAUAUUAUGUGCGCGGUUCACGGAAAGAAUUUCUGCACUAGCGCAAGGGAUGCCUUCUCCUUACUUAUGAGAAAUAUCGUGAGGGUUAUUGUACUUGACAAGGUGACGGAUUUCAUCUUUUUCCUAUCAAAAUUAUUGAUUUCCAUUGGUGUGGGCUUCGCAGUAUACUAUCUUCUACAGUGGAAUUAUGUAUAUGAAGUUACUCAAGGAGAACGAUUACAUUAUAGCUACAUUCCAGCCAUAAUACUCAGCAUAGCCACCUAUCUUAUAUGUACGAUAUUUUUCAACGUAUACUCUAUGGCUGUAGAUACGUUAUUCCUUUGCUUUUUGGAAGACUGUGAGAGAAACGAUGGAUCCGUAGAGAAACCUUAUGUCAUGUCUAAAAAUCUUAUGAAGAUUCUUGGAAGAAGAAAUAAGAAAUUUUAA